UACCAACAGGGCCGCUUAUGCCAACUGGGUAGUGAAUUUUGUGAACUAGAAGUUUUUGCAAAGGUGCUACGAGCUUUAGAUAAAAGACAUCUGCUUCAUCACUGUUUUCAGGCUUUGAUGGACCAUGGAGUAAAAGUUGCUUCUGUACUGGCCUAUUCUUUCAGCAGACGGUGCUCCUACAUAGCAGAGUCGGAUUCUGCUGUGAAAGAAAAAGCAAUCCAGAUUGGUUUUGUUUUAGGGGGGUUCCUGUCGGAUGCAGGCUGGUACAGUGAUGCCGAGAAGGUAUUUCUUUCCUGCCUUCAGUUGUGCACCCUUCAUGAUGAAAUCCUUCAUUGGUUUCGUGCCGUAGAAUGUUGUGUAAGGUUGCUGCACGUUCGAAACGGUAACUGUAAAUAUCACUUGGGAGAAGAAACGUUCAAACUCGCUCAGUCUUACAUGGACAAGCUUGCAAAGCACGGUCAGCAAGCCAACAAAGCGGCGCUCUACGGGGAGCUGUGCGCGCUGCUCUUUGCCAAGAGCCACUAUGAUGAGGCGUAUAAAUGGUGUAUAGAAGCUAUGAAGGAGAUCACAGUCGGCCUCCCUGUAAAAGUCGUAGUGGAUGUUUUACGACAAGCUUCAAAGGCUUGCGUUGUAAAGCGGGAGUUUAAGAAGGCUGAACAGCUGAUAAAACAUGCAGUAUACCUUGCCCGGGAGCAUUUUGGAGCCAAGCACCCCAAAUACUCUGACACGCUACUAGACUACGGAUUUUACUUGCUCAACGUAGACAAUAUAUGCCAAUCUGUUGCCAUCUAUCAGACAGCGCUUGAUAUCCGGCAGUCGGUGUUUGGAGGUAAAAACAUACAUGUAGCUACAGCUCACGAAGACUUGGCUUACUCUUCGUAUGUUCACCAGUACAGCUCUGGAAAAUUUGACAAUGCACUAUUCCAUGCUGAACGUGCUAUUGGCAUUAUAACUCACAUUCUCCCGGAAGACCACCUUCUCUUGGCGUCUUCCAAGAGAGUUAAAGCACUUAUCCUGGAGGAGAUUGCAAUAGACUGUCACAACAAGGAAACUGAGCAGAGGUUACUUCAAGAAGCUCACGACUUGCAUCUGUCCUCACUCCAGUUAGCUAAAAAAGCCUUCGGGGAGUUUAAUGUACAAACAGCAAAACACUAUGGCAACCUUGGAAGGCUCUAUCAGUCCAUGAGGAAGUUUAAGGAAGCAGAAGAAAUGCACAUCAAGGCAAUUCAGAUUAAGGAGCAGCUUCUAGGUCAAGAAGAUUAUGAAGUUGCCCUGUCAGUGGGUCAUCUAGCUUCUCUCUAUAACUAUGACAUGAAUCAGUAUGAAAACGCUGAAAAGCUUUAUUUGAGAUCCAUAGCGAUUGGAAAGAAGCUUUUUGGCGAAGGAUACAGUGGACUUGAAUAUGAUUACAGAGGUCUCAUUAAACUGUACAAUUCCAUUGGCAAUUAUGAGAAAGUUUUUGAAUACCACAAUAUUUUGGCCAAUUGGAACCGGUUGCGGGAUCGGCAGUUCUCAGUCACAGAUGCUCUGGAGGACGUAAGCACCAGCCCUCAAUCCACUGAGGAAGUGGUCCAGUCUUUUCUGAUGUCUCAGAACGUUGAUGGACAGAGUAGCUAAGAACUUGGUCAAUUAACCAGUUACGGUUUUUUCCCCCAGAUUACAGGGGGAAAAGUCAUACUGUGAAAUCUAAACCAUGUAGUUCUCUGGGGGCUGGAAUUUGCAUUGAAACACUGGUCCAGUCUACUGAAGAGUGCCCAUACGGAUGAAUGUGUGUUAAAUUCUUAUCAGCAUGUGUCUGGCAUGUUUAGUUCGGCUCACACUUUUAACUCGGUAUUCCCGAAAACCCCUUCUUUCUCUCUUCUUUCGAAAGAAGCUCCUUUGCAGAAAGUCUGCAAGAAAACGUUAAAUAAAACUGUUUGAGUUCAAAAGAGUUGCAUUCUUAUUACGAAUGGAAGGUUUCAUCAAGAGCUUUCUUCUGAUGUAUAGAAAGAAUAAGUGCUGUACUAUGAGAAGUUGGACGCGAAAGGUCUUUCUGCUGUGUGCGUUGUAGCGAAGGUGGUCGUAAAUAGCGAGAACAGGGCGCGUGCCCCAGCCUUGGCCGCUGCCUUACGGAGCGGCGUGGCACGGAGCUGCUCUGGAGAGCAACGUGGUCUGUGUGACCCGCCAUAGGCUGUUGAGCGAGUAACCACCGUGUGUUGGUUUUGAUACCCUGAACUGGACCAGUGUUCAUCUAGGAGCGAUAGAAGACCCAGUAGACCAGCGAUCUUGGCUUUCCUUGGUGCCGACCAAGAGUGCUCAUCUUCUGAACAGGACCAGGAAAAUCGGAAGUGGACCAGCCUGCUAGAAACAGUUUUUGGACCAGUGGCUUUAAUUUAAUAUUUCUGCCCCUGCCUUCACUUUUACAGUAGAAUUAUUUCAUUUAGAUGUAUGAUCAGUGCAAAAUUAUAUUCAUGUAAUAGAUACAAAACUAGGAAGUGAACGUUCUGUAGCGGUUGCGAUGGCAUGUCUUUACCUAGUGAGCUUACACAAAUAGUCAUGUCAAUGCCACAAGCAAAAACUAGAAGCGCUUAACGAUUUGCUGCAGCCAUUUUUUUUUUUUUUUCCUUUUUGACUGGGCUUGCUCAAAUACCGAGGCAGUCAUUUGUUUAUACUGGUUACAGUUUUGUAUUACAGUCCAGUUCAGUUUUACGUUUCCGGAGAACACGACUUAUUGUACAGUUUGCAGGGGUCAGUGGAAAAUGCCAAAAAGCACAACAGGUCUUUUUUUUUUUUUUUUUGGUGAUGCUUCGUUUCUACAUUAAACAACAGUACAACCA